AACUGCAUAAGAAUAGCAAGGGAAAGAGUUGAGAAGGCACUUCAGUACUCCUAUAGAGACCGCCGCAACAAGAAGAGGGAUAUGCGUUCCCUCUGGAUUCAACGCAUUAAUGCUGGUACUCGACAACAUGGGUUGCAGGUCUGAGGUGUGCAAGUGCAUGGCUGCACUUUGAUGCAGCUCAGUGAAGUGUUGCAUGUAGCUGGAAGUUGCUGCUCAGGAUCUGCAGGACCAGCUAGGGAGAAACAUGUGAUGAUCCAAUAGCUGCAGCUCAGCCCUGAAGCUUGGAAAUCCCUGCAACAUCUUGGAAUUUGCAUGCACUGGAAGAGUGUAGUAACUCUAAGGAGUACUACAACUCUUAAUGUACCUGCACAAAGAACAAAACCAGGAGGCAUACCUAAUGUUGAUCCCAAAUAGGAGGUUCUGCCCUGCAGCUGCACAGCAAAAGUGAAGAGGAAACUUCUAUUCUAUGAAGCAAAAAAGCAAGGGAGACUCUCCCCUUUACAUUGGUCCUAACAAGUAUCUUCAAAGAAGCUAUAACUAUAACAGCUAGAGACAGCCAAGUUGAAGAGAAUGUUAGAACAUCAAUGAUUGCUCCCAUGAAAGCUUGUUGCAGUAGCAGUGCUUUAGGAGAUGCUACAGUCCUGCAAUGUUGUUGUUUGGAUGUUGUUGUUGGAUAGAGCAGUUUCAAGGCAGUGUAUUGUUGGUCCAAGAUCAGCUGCUGCAACUCCAACACAAGGCUCAAAUUUGCAUAGUGCCUGCACAAAGAGACACACAACAGAAAACAAAAAUAGAACUUAAGUUUCAUUUUUGAUGGCUGUGAAUGGAGUUCCAGGUGUUAGAUGUUGUGUUGCAGGUUUGGCUUGCUGUUGUUGGAAGCUCUUGUAUGUUGUUGUAGUUGAUUUUCUUGUUCUUGGAGGAUGCAGCUGUGUAGAGUACCUGCACAGUAUAAACAAACCAAAAGGAGAAGUCCCAUUGUUGGUUCCUGUGCUGUAUCUCUGCAGCAGUGUUGCAGCUCCAAUACAAGCUCCAAGUUGUCCAUUGGUAAAUUAUGGAAAUUUCAUGCACGGGCUGAUGAUGGAGAACGUCCAGCUGAACAGGAAAGUCUUGUCAGAACUGUCGAUGCAUGAACCAUACAGCUUCAAGGCCCUUGUGGAUGUCUCUCGCAGCGCUUUCCCUGGAAAUAAGAAGGGCAUAGUACCUCCAAAGAAGGAAGGGCUUGCUAUUGUUCUUUGAAUUACUUUCCUAUGUUCUGCUCUGUGUACUCUUUUUCUUCUAUGUUGGGCAUAAUUUUGUGCUAGCAUUUCUGUUAGCAAAAUUCUACCGAUGGUGAACAACAUGGUUUUGUUCGAUAAGGGUACUUACGACAAGCUUAUCACUGAAGCACCCAAGUAUAAGCUUAUCACCCCUUCCGUCCUCUCUGACUGUUUGAGGGUAUGUCUAUUUCUUUAAGUAUGGAUCUAAUUGUUCUGUAUUGAAUAUAAAGUUUGUGUUUUUGUGCCAUGUGAA